AUGGAGUUCCAAAACUUAGCUAAGGCUGUCGCAUCAAUACCACACGUUGGCCAGGUCCUGGCAGUCAUGCUAACAGUUGCUGUUGGCAUCUACGAAGAGUUGAAGACUCUUGAUUCAAAGCUUGAGGCACAGAAAAGGCUCGGCGAGGAUGCCAACUUCAUCAUCAGCACUAUAGCCAUGCAUAGCAAAACCCUAAAGGCUAAAGAUCAGAACUACUUACGACUAUUGGCGAGGCAACUUCAGCAAGUCGAAAAAGUCGCCAAGGACAUUCAGAGGCAUAUAUGGGAGGCAUCCGGUGCACGGGAGAGGCACAUACGCAAAUAUGGAAAGCUUCCUGCAAAUGUAUAUGAUGCAUUAACAGAGCCUGCAAAAGUUCAUGUCCUAAAACAGCAACUUGAGGAGGCCAAAACACAGCUCCUGAAAAGGCAGACCGACUUCACAUUCCUUAAAAUGAUGGAAGGAGAUGGGUCGGGAUCUGAACCACCACCAGUCUAUGCUGAAACCUUUGAGGAGGAAGAGAAAGAGCCAGAACCCAAAGCAUUUGGGCCGGUCAGAUGGGUCAGCAUGAAGGAGUUCGUGGCCAGUCCGGGACUAAACAAUUUGAUGGUGCCCGUUUGCCAAUCAUCGGAGACCGAAGAUGGCGUGGUGUGGUAUAUCGCACGCGUACCGCAUGUUGGUGGCAUUCGUAAGGAACCCGGAAAAUUCAGCCCAGGACGUGGAACUUUCUUUGGCUUCAAAAGAGAAUCUCUACCUACAAAAGACCUCAAUUACGACAUACUGAUUGCGGAUCCUGGGACCGUACAAUGGGAACGCACGUCUGGACGGUUCUCAGAGGAACAGCUCUGUUCUCGUCCCGUCACGAGCUGCCGUGAAAAUGACGGUACUGAGCUCGUGAUCGCUCGUGCAUUAGCAAGGGAACACAUGCACAUCGAUAUCUUCGGGAAAAUGUUUCUUCAACCAGGGAAGGCAAGCCCGAAGCUUGACGGAGCAUAUGUUAUCGCAGGCGAAAAGGAAGUUAAAGUCAAGGAAUACGAGGUCCUUGUGUAUGCAAAGCCAAGAAAGAAGCUCAUCUUAUAG